UAAGAGAAAAGCCCAACCCAAAGGCAUACUAUUAGCCAAGACUUCUUAUAUUUAAAGUGGAACUGUGGUGUGUAUUGGGCACUGAGAUGAACUCGUCCACACAAUUUAUUGAACCCGUCUGACUCUUUAGUUCUCAAACUGUAGACACAAAUUGGAGGAAAACAAAUAUAAAAACACACUUGCAAGCCUGUUUUUUCAGUACCUUGUCUUAGUCUGGAACUCUUUCAAUUUCUGUAAUCUGGCGCUAUGCAUCCGGAUCCCAGACCCUUACAGGCACUGCUUUUCAUCACUGCUACAGUUCUCUUCUCCGCUGCAAGUUCAGAUUUGAUUCCUCAUUUUAUUUCUGAACCCGUAUCUACUAUCCAGAAGCCUGGUGGGCCUGUAAACCUUCAUUGCUCUGCUGAUCCCUCCACAGCUCGCAUUUCUUGGUUGUUUAACGGACAGAGGUUGGACAGCAGGGUGGACCAAGUGGAGGUGCAGCCAGGAUCUUUGACAAUCUUCUCUCUCAGCCCCUCAAAUUCGGGUCACUAUCAGUGCAUUGCCAAUUACAGUGCUGGUGCAAUUGUGAGCAGGCCUGCUAUAGUAUCCGUAGGCCAUCUUGAUGAUUUUGAUACUUCGGUGAAACACAUAGUUACAGCAGAAGAAGGAAGUGCGGCUUUCAUUGGCUGUAAGGUACCAGAAAGUAACCCUAAAGCACAAGUUCGCUUUAGAGUACGGGGAAAAUGGUUGGAACAAUCAACAGAUAACUACCUAAUUCUUCCAUCUGGAAAUCUGCAGAUUUUGAAUGUCUCUUUAGAGGAUAAAGGCUCCUAUAAAUGUGCAGCAUACAACCCAGUCACUCAUGAUCUCAAAUUAGAACCCACUGGACAUAAGCUCGUAGUCAGCCGCACUUCUGCAGAAGGUUUUCGCAUUCUUCACCCCACCGUUUCUCAGGCUUUGGCGGUACCUCAGCACAGUCCCCUAACUCUAGAGUGUGUUGUUAGCGGGCUGCCUGCAUCUCAUGUCCACUGGUUUAAGGAUGGUCAGGAUGCACUGACUGGAAGCAGGUGGAGACUACUGCACUCCCAUCUUGUGACAGACAGACUUGAUACAUUGGAUGCUGGAAACUACUCCUGUGUGGUGGCAAAUGAGUCUGGAGUAGUGAAAUAUAUAAAUUACACAGUAACUAUACUUGAAUCUGCCUCAAUUUCUAAAGGACUGCAGGAUCAAACAGUGGCUGUGGGUGCAACUAUACAUUUCUCAUGUGACAUUCAUGGAAACCCUGCUCCUAAUCUUACCUGGUUCCAUAAUACAGCUUCCAUCCAUCUCUCUCCACGACAUCUGGUCACAGGAAACAGGUUGAGAAUCAGUGGCAUCACCAAGGAGGAUUCUGGGUUGUAUCAGUGUGUGGCAAACAAUGGGAUUGGUUUUAUGCAAUCCACUGGGAGACUUCAAGUCCAGACAGGCAAAGGUUCCAAGCCAGUUAUAGUUUCUUCACCAGCCAGUGCCAAUGUGGUAGAUGGUGGAGAUGUUACAUUGUCGUGCAAUGCCACUGGACUGCCUAUUCCUGUAAUCCGUUGGUACAGCAGCCGUGGACUUAUUACCAGCCACCCUUCUCAGGUCCUACAUUCAAAACCACGAAAAUCUCCACAAACAAGGAGAGGCAAUGCCAUUUUAGAGCCCAUCUACUUAACCAUGUCUCGAGCUGGAUCAAGCUCCCUAUACAUUCAGGCAGUUACUCCAGAGCAUGCUGGGAAAUACUCCUGCGAAGCAACAAAUGAACACGGCUCAGCACUGUCAGAAGCAUUUCUUACAGUUGUUCCUUUUGAGUCUAGUACAAAAAUUGAAGAAGUCACUCCUACAGAGGUUGCCCAAAGCGAUGAAGGAGAUGGAGAUUACGAUACAGAAGUGGGGUUCUCAAAUUUGUCUCCAACGAAGUUGCAUCUUGAUGCAGUUGCUACAGAAAAGACACUCAAUGGUGCUUUGCCGCCCGAAGCCCCAAUCAUCCUCAGCCCUCCACAGACACUCAAGCCAGAUAUGUAUAACCUAGUGUGGCGCUCUGGAAAGGAUGGCGGCUUGCCCAUCAAUGCUUACUUCGUGAAAUAUCGCAAGCUGGACGAUGGCAUCAAUGUCAUGGGAAGCUGGCAUACGGUCCGUGUUCCUGGAAGUGAAAAUGAGCUUCAUCUCACAGAACUGGAGCCCUCCAGCCUCUAUGAGGUUCUGAUGGUAGCAAGGAGUGCUGCUGGUGAAGGCCAGCCUGCCAUGCUUACGUUUCGCACCAGCAAAGAAAGAACAUCAUCCUCAAAAAAUACUCAGGCCCCAUUUCCCCCACUUGGCAUUCCUAAACAUCCUAUCAUUCAAGAAGGGACAAAUAACUUUGGGGUGAUCCUUCCAGACCUGUCUCGACACAGUGGAGUUCCAGAGGCUCCAGAUCGCCCUGCUAUCUCAACAGCUUCAGAGACCUCUGUCUAUGUCACAUGGAUCCCACGCGCAAAUGGCGGCUCCCCCAUCACUGCCUUUAAAGUAGAGUACAAGCGCAUGAGCCGAAACAGCGACUGGCUAAUUGCAGCCGAUAGCAUCUCUCCUUCUAAACUGUCAGUGGAAGUUCGCAACUUAGAGCCAGGAGCAACAUACAAAUUCCGUGUGAUUGCUGUUAACAAUUACGGGGAUAGUCCACGAAGCUCACCAUCUCGACCAUAUCAAGUUGCUGGCUUUACCAACCGUUUUUCCAACCGUCCGAUCACAGGACCUCACAUUGCCUACACUGAGGCAGUCAGCGACACUCAGAUCAUGUUAAAAUGGACUUAUAUUACUUCAAGCAACAAUAAUACCCCCAUCCAAGGAUUUUAUAUCUAUUACCGGCCAACUGACAGUGACAAUGAUAGUGAUUACAAGAGAGAGAUUGUGGAAGGUACAAAGCAGUGGCACUUGAUAAGCCACCUGCAGCCAGAAACCUCUUACGAUAUUAAAAUGCAGUGCUAUAAUGAGGGAGGUGAAAGUGAGUACAGCAACGUCAUGAUGUGCGAGACAAAAGUGAAACGCACACCUGGAGCAUCGGAAUAUCCAGUGAAGGACCUGAGUACACCACCUAAUUCUCCUGAUCGUGGGGGUGGAGGCAAUGCUGGCCCAUCAAAUGGCCCUGUUCGGAGCAGUGACAUGCUAUAUCUGAUUGUGGGCUGUGUCCUUGGAGUGAUGGUCCUUAUUCUGAUAGUUUUCAUUGCCAUGUGUCUGUGGAAGAAUCGCCAGCAAAACGCCAUGCAGAAGUAUGACCCUCCUGGUUACCUCUAUCAAGGUGCAGAUAUCAAUGGGCAAAUGGUCGAAUACGCUACUUUACCAGGCACAAGCCGCGUCAAUGGCAGCAUACAUGGAAACUUCAUCAGCAAUGGUAGUCUCAGUAAUGGCUGUCCACACCUCCAUCACAAGGUUCCCAAUGGAGUUAAUGGGAUCAUGAAUGGUGGCUUGACUGGAGGGACUGGCCUUUACCCAGGGCACACCAACUCUCUAUCCAGGACACACAUGGAUUAUGAACAUCCCCAUCAUUUAGUGAAUGGUGGUGGAAUGUACACAGCAGUGCCUCAGACCGAUCCCUCGGAGUGCAUCAAUUGCCGGAACUGUCGGAACAAUAACAGGUGUUUCACCAAAACCAACGGCACUUUUAGCAGCAGCACGCUACCUGUUGUGCCCCUAGUGGCACCUUAUCAGCAGGACAGUUUAGAGAUGAAACCGCUGAAUCAUGUGACGGUAGCCAUGUGUUUAGCCUCCACGGUCCUGGAACGCAGCAUCGAGAUGGAGGAAGACAGCAAGGAGAAAGUGGAGCAGCCGUCUACUCAGCAUUCUUGCUGUCAGGAAAAUAUGAACCAGAUUAACAUAGAUUACCCAGAAGGUGACAUCUGUGCACAUUCAGAAACAUCAGAUCAUAUUUUGAGCUGGAGUCCUCUUAUUCUGCAGCCUGUUUCAAAGGACUGUAAUGAAAAAUCAGGAUGGAAUACGCCUGGUGUCACUUUAAACAGCUCCGGGGACCUUCGGCCACUCCAGAUGCAGGAAAGCUGAAGAAGCAGCAGCCAUUUUCCCACUUAAAGCCAGUAACUGCACAGCAGAGUCACUGACAAGGACUGACAGAGGGGUGUUAAUUCUAACAGAGAGAGUCACUAUUUAUUUUUUUGUAGUAGUGUCAUGAAUGUAUCUUGUUUAAAAUGGUUGCCUUUUUAUAUUAUUUAUGCCUUGAGAAAUUCCUUUGUUUUUUCCACACCCUGUGGAAUUAGCCUGGUUAUGUAUAAAGUUUUGUAAUAAUAUAAAGAACAACGAUGGGAAAUAUAUAGUGUGUUUUCCAUGGAUAUUGCCAGCAUGAGAAGCACUUCUGCAGAGGAGCAUAAAUGUUUAGUAUGCAGACUUAUUAGAGUGGAUCCGACCCGAGUGGUUCUGAAGUUCAUAGCAGAUUAUAGCCACCCUAUAGAGCUGCCGUGUCACUGGCAUUUGUUGCAAUAUUUUUACAGCUAAUUUCUCUGACUAUGCUCAAAUGCUGCUGUUUCAGGCUCUCUUAAUGGAAAGAGAUUUGAUAAUGGACCCCAGCCAAUCUGUUUAUACGAAUGAUCCAGCUGGUCGAAUAGGUCUACAUCUGAUUUGGGAACCUGAGCCCAGCAUUCAGCUGGAUACUACUUAUCAUAUUUUGAGUUAUCUCCAAGUAUUGGAAAAUCCCUAGUGUUCAGAGAAUUUCAUAAUUCCCAAAACUGUCAUGCCUUCUAGCAGGAAUGAUUUAUCUGAACAUUCUUACUGGAAGGUCACUAUUUGUUGUUUUUAAAAGUAUUAGUCAUCUAAAUAGGGAACAGAAAGUAUUCCAUAUAACUUGUGGGAUCAGCUAUAUAAUAUACAUAAGGAAUAAUCUACAUGAAUAAUUUGUGAACAGCCUAGAGUCUGAGCAUUGUUUAUCCAAGCUCGUUAGCACAUAGUGAUUGCUCUGAACAUAUUCGUUAUUGUUAAAGGCUCUCAACCAAAAAAGGCUGCUACAUUCAGAAGAGUUAUUGGCAGUGAGUAUGUAACUGUCUCUUACUAGCUGAUUGUUUUUCAUUCUUGUGCAUGUUUUAAAUUUCGCUGCAGGUAAGUCGGGUUGAAUUUUCUCAGUUUACAUCUUAAACCUGCUCAUGCAUGCGCACCUUUCCUUCAGAGCAGGUGGGAUUGAUAUACCAAGAGUAAAUGCCGGCAGGGCAAAGUGAACUCACUCUGAAAUGUCCAACUGCUUCAGUUUCUACAGCACAUUAGUACAUACUUGCCACUAAUUCCACUAGCUUAAUUUCCAGCUUAAUUGCCUCAGAUUGGACCUGUUCAAUUUACAGCGGGACCUCCAGUGCUUGGUACUUUUCUAAUCCCCCCACAAGCUAAUAUUCAGCAGUGCCAGUAGUUGCACUUCUCUAAACGUAACCCUGGUUGGCAGAAGUCACAUUCCUAAAAUAUCAUCGUCCAAGAUGCACCGUUAUCACAAAUGAUUCAAACUAAAGUAUAACGAACGUUUUGUGAUACUUUAGCCCGGCUUGCUUGCUGCGCUUACAAAGGCAAAGUUCAGUCCUUUGCCAUGGAUCUCCCAGGGCCUGAAUGGUAUUUUAACUCCAUGGUUUGAGAAAAAGGGAAAACGUAUCAUUCGUGUAAUAAGGCUCUCUUCGCCUGUUAAAUAAGAGCACGGAGGUGUUGCUUUAGAAAAUUGAGCCUGGUGCUGUCGUAGACGGUGUCCAACAAACCACAGCUCAGACAAUGGCUGGGUACGAAGAAAUCGGCCUGUAUCUCAGACGUAGCAGCUGGAGUGUGACGUAGGUGUUGCAAUGUUAACUGCUCUUUUUUUCCAAAUUUAAUCAGAUUAAAUAAAACAAACUUUCCCUUGUAAAACACCCUAUCCAAAAAUCAGAGCCUGUAAGCCAAGGAAUGAGGCACAUAACUCGCUGUUACUGCCACCCUCAGGCAAGGUGUGUGCAGUCUCCUUUUAAUGGGAUGAAUGUUUCCCUAGCUAGAGCGAGAAACACCCCGAGGGGCGGGAGAGAGGCAAAGCUGCCCUAUUUGAAUCACAAACCCCUUGCAGGAGAAACCAGGAGGUGGCUACAGGUGCACUGUACAGUAGCAUCUCAGAGUUACAAACACCCGAGUUACGAACUGACCGGUCAACCACACCCCUCAUUUGGAACCGGAAGUACGUAAUCAAGCAGCAGCAGGGACCCCAAAAAGCGAAUACCGCACCGUACUGCAUUAAACAUACUCUCCUGAAAGACAGUAAGGGGAAAGCAGCAUUUUUCUUCCGCCUACUAAAGCUUCAAAGCUGCAUUAAGUCAAUGUUCAGCUGUAAACUUUUGAAAACAACCAGAACGUUUUGUUCAGAGUUACGAACAACCUCCCUUCCUGAGGUGUUUGUAACUCGGAGGUCCUGUGGUACCACACUGAGUAAGAUGUGUGUAUCAUAAAGACUGACUCUGUACUUUUCUAACUAUUGCAACAAAUGUCAAAUGCGGCCUGCGUGUAUACAGUGUGUGAAAAUGUUAUAUAUAAUAUAGGAUGUAUAUUAUAUAUUUUGUAAAUUUAGCCCUUAAAUGAGAACUUCCUGGGAUUGAUCUAGGUCACUAUGCAAGAGUUUAUUGCAGUGGGAAACUAGUUGAUGCUGCUUUUGCUCGGUGGAUGGGAGAGGGGGCUGCACCAGAUGUGGACACGAGUUCUCUAUUCCUGAUGUCCAGGUGUACAGCGUGUGCUAAUGGAUUAGUCUGCAUGUUUGUGAGACCUAAUUAGCGUCCGAGGAAGGCAGACUCCUGUCGUAGUGUGAUCUAUUGAGUGCAAUGGCCGAUCUCGUGAGGUUACGAAAGUUGCCUGUUAGGAGAACUAGCAUAUUAAAUGCUUUGACAGAGAGAUCCAGGAAACUCUGCUGUAAGAGUUUGGUAGUUUGGAGCAGGAAACCAAGGCAGGUUCGUAUGAGUCCUUGGGACAUAAACUGCUUUGAAAGAGUCAGAUUUUGCAGGUGGGGUUUCUACUCAAGGAAGAGUUUGUUGUAAUCUGCCAUGUUAGCAGAGUCUCAUCAUGGACUGCUUUAUUUAUAAUGAUUAACACUGUUUUAAGUGUUUUUCUUUUAUUGUAUUUUAUUUAUAAAAAUAUAUAUAUGUUUGCCUUUCUUUUUAGGGGUCAUGUGUUCUCCCAACUAUAGGUGCAUAAUUAUAAAACUCUACACAAAUCCUGCAUAGAUGCUGUGAUUCCCAGCUCAUGCACAUCAGUCCAGUCUCAUCCUUAGACUUCAGCUAGUAUCAGCUCCCCAGGAAAUGCUGGAAGGCCUUUCCCCUCUGAAAACCUGCCUUGUUCUUUAAAGCUGGCUUGGUUUUGUGCUUUUAAUGUUGUUUUCCUUUGAAAUCUAGAGGGCACAGGGGCUUAGGGGGAUGUGGGAAGUAGACAAACUCUAGAAUCCUGGGUUCAUUGGCAAGGGUUUUGGCACCAGGGGGAUGAGAUGCAUUGGCAGAGCUGUGAUGAGGAAACUUUUAUAUUAACUGCCUAUGUUAUGCUUGACUCUAGCCAGUGUUAAGUUCUUUGCUUCUGUGGGCACUACAUAACCUAGGGGUGGGUUUGUUUGUUUUUAAGAAGGUUCACUGACAUCAGACCUAUGUGCAUUUCCCUUUUUUACCCUGUUUUUUAAACACUGAGGCCCUCUGAAGCUUCCUGGUUUUACUAGCCAAAUCUUGAUCUCUCAGAAACAAUCCAUUUAAAAAUCGUGUUUCAAACCUUUCCUCUUGGUACGUGCUCUAGUUACGUAAUGGUGUGUCUCAAUAUGGGUCUAUGAUAUAAAACAAACAAACCAACCCUCCCUGAUCCUCCCGGUAUCUGAGAGUGUCAUUCCGCUGUCGUACUGCCCAAGGGAAAUGUUUUUCUGUAUUUCACCUGUGUGGUCUUUGAAAGCAAUGACUUAAAGAUGCAUGGUUUUUGUAUCAUAUAGAAAAAUAUACUAUAUUUUCCUAAAAAAAAAAAAAAAAAAGAGUUGUAAUAUUCUUUUGAAAUUGUACAUAUUUUUAAAUGAUGUAGUUUUUGGCAGAAUUUUUUUGGUGGUUUGAUUAAUAUUAAAGAGAAUGCUGCUGCUUUGA